AUGGGGGCGUCGACGUCGACGUCGCGGCAGGAGACGCCGCCGUCCGACUCGUCGCGCGCCGGAGACGGCCGGGCCGUGGCGGUGGUGGCCAGCAGCGCUGCCUCUGGUACUGGUAGCAACAGCAACCAGGCCCAGUCGAAGAGGGCGCCGCUUCCUCACAAGUUCCAUGAGAGAGUUGCGCAGGAGGCGACGGGCGGCACUGCUGCAGCUGCCGCCGAACUGGAGGAUCAGGUGUACAGCACAGGGGUCUACCUGGCUGGCAAAACGAAGAACGUGUGCUGGCUGGAGGUGCACGGGAAGCUGGAGCUGUCGCACCUCACGCUGGGGGUCACCUACGACGUCGUCUUCCACCAGGUUCCCCGACGGCACGGUCCAGGAGCGGAAGGAGAAGUUGCAGGAGAGGCCCACGAAGCAGUGGCUGGAGCUCAAAGGCGGGGGUGUCACAGCGGCGAGCUGGAGAUCUCCCUGUUUGAGUACGAUGGUGGGCUCUGGAAGAAGGGGCUCCUCAUCAAGGGCGUCAAGAUCGUCCCAAAGGAGUGA